AUGGACGCCGCCCCGAGCGUCGGCGAGACGUUAUCGGGGAUCUUUGGCAGCGUCAGCUUGACGGCGUGGAUAUGUCUCUUGUUGCCCCAAUUAAUCACCAACUACAAAACCAAGAGUGCCGACGCGCUGUCCAUGAAGUUUCUUCUGAUCUGGCUGGCAGGGGAUGUCGCGAACCUGUCAGGCGCCCUCUUCACAACCCUCGCGCCCUCCGCCAUCGCCCUCGCCUGUUACUUCUGCAUCAACGACCUGAUCCUCAUCAGUCAGUGCACCUACUACAACACCAUCAACGCUCGCCGCCGUGCCCGCCACCAACAACACCAUCACCAGCGCCGGCAUCGCCGCUCCUCCUCUUCACAUCCUCGCCCGGAGCACACAGAUGAUACGGCCACAGCCUCGUCGUCGAAUGCUUUGCCGACUGAAUAUGAUCCCCUUCUUCCGGCGAGACAUGAGUCCCAUCACAGGAAUCACCACCAUCACCCCCACCACCACCACCAUCAUCAUCAUCAUCAGGAGGAGGACGCCCUGAUCCGGAUCAUCACCGGCGGGUCGGCCACCACCGCUGAUGGUGCCUCAGUUGAUGGUGAAAACAACACCUCUGCCGACACCAGUGGCCCCAGCGGCUGGGUGUACAACACCAUCAGCCUGCUCGCUGUCUGGGUGAUGGGUAUUGCGGGGUGGUUCGUCUCGUAUAAGAUGGGCGCAUGGGAGCCAUCGGCGCCGUCGGGCCCUGAAGGGGGGGAUGAUUCAGGCAUCAUCUCGCCCAAUGGACCUGGGACAGGCGACCAAGAUCCGCUCAAGACGGUGGGUAUGGUGUUGGGUGCCCGCAUCCCCCAAAUAAUAAAAAACUACCGCUCCAAGUCCUGCGAAGGCCUAGCCCUCCUAUUCUUCCUACUCUCCCUAACGGGUAACUUUACGUACGGGGCCAGCGUGCUGGCCUAUUCGCAGGAGCGGGACUACCUUGUACGAGCGGUGCCCUGGCUGUUAGGGAGUCUGGGCACGAUGGUGGAGGACUGUAUUAUUUUCGUGCAGUUUCAUAUUUAUUCGCCUCACAAGAAGAAUGGGGGAGAUGAGGAGGGGAGAAAAGCUGUUGCGGGAGCCGUUUAG